AUGGCGAUCUCUCUCGCAGGCUUCCUCCUCCCGGUACUCCUACUCAUCUCAGCAGCUCGGACUGCUACCGUCAAAUACGACUUCGAUGUAGCAUGGACACACGCAAACCCAGACGGCCAGUACGACCGCCCAGUCAUUGGGAUUAAUGGACAGUGGCCGAUUCCUCCUAUCGUUGCAAACAAAGGCGACCAAGUCAUCGUCAACGUCAACAACUCUCUCGGCAAUGAGAGCACGAGUCUGCACUUCCACGGUCUGUACAUGAAUGGCUCAACGCACAUGGACGGCCCAGUUGACGUCAACCAAUGCGCUAUCCCUCCUGGCUCGUCCUUCACAUACAACUUCACAGUGGAUCAGCCUGGCACUUACUGGUAUCACAGUCACGUGCGCGGACAGUACCCGGAUGGACUUCGAGGACCACUCAUUGUUCACGAUCCAGAGAAUCCCUUCAAGGACCAGUAUGACGAGGAGGUUGUCCUCACCUUCUCUGACUGGUACCACGAGUCGAUGCCCAAGCUGAUGUCAGGGUUCAUCAGCAUCGCAAAUCCAUCUGGAGCGGAGCCUGUACCUCAGGCUGCACUCGUCAACGAAACGCAAAAUCUCACUGUUAAGAUCGAGCCUGGCAAGACUUAUAUGUUCCGCAUGAUAAACAUUGGUGCUUUUGCCGCGCAAUAUGUUUGGUUUGAGGACCACACUAUGCGCGUCAUAGAAGUCGACGGUAUCUACAUGGAGCCUACGGAUGCCGAGAUGCUCUACGUGGCCGCCGCUCAGAGGUACAGUGUUCUUGUCACUGCGAAAAACGAUACGAGUUCAAACUUUGCUUUUGUUGGCUCUAUGGAUGAGGAUCUUUUCGACGUGGUCCCUGACGGUUUGAACCCCAACGUUACAGGAUGGCUCGUGUAUGAUGACAGCAAGGCAAAACCUGAACCUAAGCUGAUCGACUCGUUCGACGCCCAAUUUGACGACUUUUCACUUGUUCCGUACGACAAGGAGGCUAUCUACUCCAAUGUCGACCAGUCGAUCACUCUGGAUAUGAAAAUGGGUAACCUCAACGAUGGAGCCAAUUACGCCUUCUUCAACGAUAUCACCUACGUAGCUCCAAAGGUUCCUACGUUAUACACGACACUCUCUACAGGUGCCAACGCAACAAACCCUCUCAUCUACGGAGACAACACAAACUCGUUCGUCCUUGCACAGAACCAGGUCGUGGAAAUCAUCCUCAACAACGAUGACCCCGGCAAGCACCCUUUCCAUCUCCACGGCCACGCGUUCCAACUCGUCGCGCGCUCCGAAGAAGAAGCCGGCGCUUUCGACGCAAACAACAGCACACACACAAACUUUGCACAGACACCGAUGCGAAGAGACACGGUACUUGUCAGGCCAAAUGGACACAUCGUCCUGCGUUUCCAGUCCAACAACCCGGGUAUCUGGCUCUUCCACUGUCAUCUCGAGUGGCACAUGGCUUCCGGACUCGCCAUCACGCUUGUCGAAGCGCCUCUCGCCAUCCAGUCUCAACUCUCCGGCAAGAUUCCGCAGGACCACUGGAACGCGUGCAAAGCAGGUAACGUGCCCACGGCUGGCAACGCAGCGGGAAACACGAUCGAUUUGCUAGACUUGACGGGCGAGACCAAGAGUCCUGGUGAGCUCCCAGCUGGGUUCACGGCAAGGGGCAUUGUGGCGCUAGUGUUCAGUUGUUUGAGUGCGUUCUUGGGAAUGGCGGUUAUUGGUUGGUAUGGACUGAAACCUGUUGGAGGGAAAGCAUAG